GUGCUAUAUUAUCAGGUGGAUAUAACUUGCUUGACUCUAUUGGAUAACACUGGACGGCAGACCGAUGUUGACUCCCAUGGAACACUGAGCUCGAGCGUUUCUCUGGCAAAUCAAUGGAUAAGCUUCAGGACCUCAGCCAAUCCGAGUUGCAGGAUUUACUGGACAACUCGGAACGGGUGGAGUCGAUGGCACUAGAAUCUGAUGAGAUCCAGAACAUCCAGCUGGAGCGUGAGAUGGCGCUGGCGUCCAAUCGCAGCCUGGCGGAGCUUAACCUGGACAUGAAGCCUCGUCUGGAGCAGGAGAGGGAACGGCUGGUGGGCCGCUACUCCGAGCUCGAGGAGGUUCGGGACCGAUACAAGCAGCGCUGCACACUCAGAGACGAUGUAUUGGGACAGGUGUCCCCGGAGGUGCUAUUCUCACGUCUUCAGGCAGAGGGCGCCAGCACAGAGGCAGAGUCAGAGACACUAGCAGAGGAGUUUCUGGAGGGCUCCUUGCCUCUGGACUCCUUCCUCGAGCGCUUCCUGGCCCUGCGCUCCCUCGCCCACAAGCGGCGAGUUCGAAUAGAGAAGCUGCAGGAGGCGCUUCGCCAGAAGAGCCAGACCGCCGUCGACAACGCAGCGGCAGCGGCUACGUCCAGUGGCGCCGGCCAGGACCCGGCCAUCACCUCCUCACCGUGGCAACCGGUCCAGCCGCACCCACAGCCGCAGACUGCCGCGAAGCCCAGCGGCGGCUACUCAAACUCCCCGCAGAACCCGUCCGGCUCCGGCCUCCCCUACGGCCCCUUCCCGGGGGCCUCCCCUGCCCAGCCUGCUGCUGCUGCCUCCGCCGGGGGCCCCGCCAACCCCCCGGCCCAGUUCCCGCCCUACCCCAGCCCAGGGUCCUCGUUCACCCCUGUGCCAGGCUACGCUGCCUCUCGAGGCCCCGGGGCCUGCCCUUACCCAAGCCAGCCAGCGUUCUCUGCCAUCCCUGCGCCUCCCUUCGGCCAGUUUGGCCCCAGCGCAGCACCUUACCCCUCUGGUGGGUAUCCCUACUCCACGCCAGGCUACAACUACCCCAUCGGCCCCACCCUGCCGCCGUCCCAGUCCAACUCGGGCAGGCCGGUGUACCAGUCUGGCUUUAGGGUGCCACAGUCCUACUCCUGAGUCCUCCUGUCCCACUCCCUUCCUUUCCUGCUCUGCUUUUGCCCCUUUCUUUCGCCAUCUUACCCCAGCCUACAAUACUGUCUACUUAUCUCUCUCUCUCUCUCUCUCUCUCUCUCUCUCUCUCUCUCUCUCUCUCUCUCUCUCUCUCUCUCUCUCUCUCUCUCUCUCUCUCUGCCUCUUCCCUCAUCAUCUCUCCUCUCUUCAUUUAUCUUUGUUCUCGGUUGCCGUGAUGUUUUUCACUCUCUCACCACGUUUCCUACGCUGCUGGCAUCAGAUUUCUGAUGAUUUCAGAUUACCCUACCUGCUUUUCCUCCUCCCCCUCUUCCUUCCUGUGCCACGCUUGAGAGUCCUCAAGUCCUCGCUCAUCCCAUAGACGUACUGUAUGUGUAUAUAUAUAUGUAUACCUAUAUACGUCUAUGACCCAUCCAUCCCUAGCCAUCUUGUUCCCCCCCCUCCCUGUGCAUUUGGAUGGAGGCUCACAUGGAGUCUGAGGGAAUGCACAAAGGAGACAGUUAACCCCCCACCCCCACCUUAGGAACCCCCAACAAACUCUUUAUAUCACACGUCAACUUUGACUUCUUCACAGGAUGCAACUUGGAAGGACUGGUUGCGAUCAAAAAGGAAUUCUCUUUGUUUUUGUUUUUUGUUUGUUUGUUUAUUUGUUUUGUUUGUUUAUUUGUUUUGUUUUGUCCUGUCAAAAAAGUAUCAAACUGAUUCAAACCUUUUUAGGUUUCUGACAUCUGUGUAAAUGUGCAUUAAGAAUUUGAGCACUGGGAAUUCAUGACACUAUGCUGGGUAGUGUGCGGCCUUCUAAGGUCCUGAUCGGACGGUACCUUAUAUGGCUGUGAAAACUCAGUCACUCACACACUACUUUGCAGUCAUUGGCCUGUCUGUUGGUUGUGUGGACUUGGCAGACCCACGCUCACUCUCCUCCUCCUCCUCCUCUCUCCCCAUGUCCAAUUGUGACUCUCCAGACAGCACCUGCCCCAAACAGACCUCACCGUCAGAAACUCCCCAUCACUGUAUGGUGGUUGUGGUGGAGGUGAGGGAACUACUAUGUUGUGUUGUCUUGGUGUCCGUCAUCCUUAUUGCCAUGGUUACCCAUUGUCUCACUGUUCCUGUGUUCCGCCUUCAUGUUCUCCACUCGUCUACUACUUUUUGCGGUGCCACCAGUCGUCUUUCCUCGUCAACCUUUCAUCCCUUCAUUUAUCCUCCUAGAGGAAAAAAAAAAGAAACGCCUCUUCCUCUUGCUUUUCCCAUAUACAGCUUGACAACAUAAACAAAAGGCUUGACAGUGGUGAGACGUCAUACAUUUAUUUCUGUAAGAUCACUACCGUUUGAGAAUAUAUGUGAUUUGUAUGAUAAAAACUGAAAAUACUACUAACAGGAAACCAUUAAAAACAAGGGAAGUAUAAACAUAUCUUAUCCUGCUUCUUUAGCACCGAAAGCACACUGAAGGGACAAACACGAGAUAGAAGGGGGCCCCGGGUUGGCAGGCGGUGAGGGCGGGAAGCAAACCUCGUUAGGUGAAGAGGCUACGCAGCACCCCUCCGAAUAUGCAACCAGCACCUGUGCCACCCUUGGCGUCAGCUGAUGCAUCUCCCAAAUUGUCCUCUAUGCAGUGUCAGACGUGUGUUACUGGCAGCGGCCUCGGUGGUAGGCGGCAGAGUCAAGCGGUUCUGUGUUGCACUUAACAGGAGGAGUGAAAUUACUCCUGAUCGUUACAGGCUGCACUGUCUGUUUUUUUCUUUUUCUUUUUCUUUUGGUUUGUUUGUUUUCGCAUGAACCUGGAUUGCAUUUGUGUUUUUUGAGUUUUUGCACUGGCUGGAUAUGCGUUAAGCGGAAUGGGCGAGGGCAGGAUCGGGGGAGGGGAGGUGGAUUGAGAUUGUAGUCUAAACCAAAACAAAGUGUUUUAAAAUGUCACCUGUGGGUGGAGAAGGUUUGUGGGGGCACUAUGCAUAUCUCUCUGAGAGGGUGCUCCGUAGCCCUGGCACCAGGGCCCCCGGGUGGCGACGCAACUAUUCACUUGCCGCCAUUAAAGGCAGUUGGACACACUCGCACACAGAGACGGGCGGGCAGGGAGGCCACAGAGCUCUCUCACUAGCACUCCACCGGCUGAGCCAGCAACGCCUCAGCCCGACCAAACUCACACCCUGAGGCUCCCACUCCAGUCAGCACUGACCCUGAGCAGCUAUCCUGCUCUUUUUAUUUUUGUAUUUUGAAGCAAUCCUUGACCGAAGAAAAAGGAGGGGGGAAAAAUAAAAGGGAAAAAAACAAACAAAAAUUACAAAAAGGGGAAACGAGGAUGAUAAAAUGACAAAAAAAAGGACACGGGAGGGGUGGGCAAACUCAAUCAAGCCCACCUUGCCACUGGCUUUAAUGAAUCAACAAACUCAGUAAUUAAGACUCAGGUGGAGUGAGGGCCCGGACACCUGGGCUGGGGCACGAAGGAGCUUCGCCGAGGCCCAUGGCCAGACCGAGGGUGGGGGAGGGGGAUGGGGUGUUGUCGUAGAAGCACAAUCCUGUGCCUCGUUAGGGAGAAAAAUAAGAGAAAUAGUCAUUUAAAUGAGAAAAAAGCUAAAAGAAUAUAUCGGUUUGGUGGUGAUGACUGUAGCCUGUUUCAAAGUGUUCUUUUUUUGAGUGUGAAUAAUAAACACUGAAGUUGAUUUAUGAGAAAAGUGA